AUGUUCAACGAGGUGGAGGUGCUGGCGGCAUGCCUCCUCACUCCACUCCUGCUGCCUGUCCUCAUUGCCGGCACAAGGACGUACCUGCACUUUGCACCCGCCACGGGACGGACGGUCCGUGGACGGCUGGUGGCGGUCCGGGACUACAUCAACUACAACUUCUACACCAUUGUGGAGGGCAACUGGCAGCUGUUUCAGGUGGUCAUCUCGUUUGUCUCGGCCGGAUUGUAUGUGGCCGACUCGUACACCCAUCGGACGACCAAGUGGAGCCCAACCCACAGCCUCGACGGCGUCCUCACCGUCUUCUUCCUCAUCGACUACCUCUGGGCCUUCUUCAUGGCGCGCAACAAGCUCACCCACUUCUUCUCCUUCUUUUCGCUCAUCGACAUCUACUCGAUCGUGCCGUAUCUCGUCCUCACCGCCUUGACAGACCUCAACUCCAGAUCGCUCACGCUCCGCCUCAUGAACGGCUUCCGUAUCCUCCGCGUUCUCCGCUCGCACCGCCUCCUCGAGUUUACCAAGACGGAGCUCCAGCGCCAGCUCCUUGUUGUCGUCCUCACCAUCGUCGACUUUUUCUUCUGCUUUGCUUGCCUCAUCCAGCUCGUCGAGGACUCGGCCGACUUCCCCAUGACCUUUGAUGACGCCCUCUGGUUCGUGGUCAUCACUUCAUCCACCGUCGGCUAUGGCGACAUUGUGCCGCAAACCCAGCUCGGCCGCUGGCUCGUCAUCAUCAUCAUUUUCAUCGGCAUCGUCCUCAUUCCUCUCCAGACCUCCAAGCUCAUCUCACUUCAGCAGGCGAGGCCCAAGUACGGCGGCUCGCUCAAGACCUCUUCGCGCGACAUCCACGUCGUCGUCAUUGUCGGCUCGGUCGCCACUAUGGACUCGGCCGUCACCUUCCUCCGCGAGUUCUACCAUCGCGACAAUGAGCUGCAGGACCACAAGGUUGUCAUCCUCUCGUCCUCGCCCGAGCCAUCGACAGCCCUUGCUGCCCUCCUCUCGGUCCCGUUCUACGAGGCCCACGUCACGUAUCUCCACGGCUCGCCACUCAACGCCUCUGAUCUCGUUCGCGCCAAGGCUGCCACCGCCACCGCCAUCUUUCUCACGGUCGACCAGCUCGCUGCUGCUGCCAACCGCGAGGAUUCGUCGGUCAUUCUCAAGGCCAUCGCCCUCUCCGAGUACGUUCCGCACGUCCGCGUCUACACCCAGACCCUCCACCGUCGCAACAUCGGCCACAUGGCCGCCGCAGGCGCAGACGUCAUCCUUUGCGUCGACGAAAUCAAGAUGGGCUUGCUCGCCCAGUCGUGCCUCGCGCCCGGUCUUUGCACGCUCAUCACCAACCUCGUCCGCUCGUACUCGGACGUCGGCGGAACCGCAGGUUGGACCCACGAGUACACCUACGGUAUCUCUCAGGAAGUUUACGUUGAAGUCGCAGCACCCCGUCUUAGCGGACUCACUUUUGCCGCCGCCGCCGCCGCAAUCUACGCUGAGCUCUCAGCCAUCACCUUUGCCGUUUUUGUCUACGUUCGUGGCCAGCCUCAAGUCUGGCUCAAUCCCGGCCACGACUAUGUCAUUGCCGCCGGCGAUCGCCUCUUUAUCAUCGCCCAGUCGAAGCGAAACCUUGCAUCGUCGUUCUUUGUCUCGUCCGCCGUCCUCCGCGAGCAGGCCAUGGCCGCCCGCGCCGCUGAGGCCGACGCGUCGGCUCGCAGCCGCGCCGGAAAGUCUGACGUCGCCUCGGCCCGUGCGGCCACCCGCGCUGCUGCCGCUACUCACAAGCCCAUCCCACCCGGUGCGGACCGGAGGUCUUCGGUCUUUGUCGGACCGUCGGCCGCCCGCGUCCGCACCCUGUCGGCCACCGUCCCGUCGGCCACCUCGGUCGACAUGGAUACCGCUCUCGACACCGCGCCUAGCUCAGUCGGCGACCGCACGCCGCCGGUUUAUGUGUCGACGCCAACGAUGGCCGUGAAAGGCCUCCCACCAGGCCUCUCGAUACCUCCGUCCGACUCGUCGUCCAACUCGUCGUUUGAGUCGACGGGAAAGAACGAUGCCUCCGCCAACGCCUUUGGCGAAGAUGUCGAGUUCCACCGACACAACAUUUACUCCUCGCGAGUCUCAUCGAUCAACAUCCUUCCCAACUGGGCCAUCGGCGACGAGUACCUCAUCGACCCGUAUUCGCUUGAAGAGUCACUCUUUGCCCCGCGCCCGCGCAACGUCUGGGCCCACAUCUACGACAUUCUUCCCCCCGACCAGGCGCGCUCUGAGAGCGACGUGACCAACACCCUCCCGCAUCCGCGCAUCUUCCGCAACCACAUCAUUGUUGCCGGCACUCACUCGGGCCUCGCCUCACUCAUCCUCCCGCUCCGCUCAAAGCGGCUGGCACUUCAUCCCACCAUUGUCCUCCUCUCGCCCAAGCGGCCGACCAAGGAGCUCUGGUUUGUCCUCACCCGCUUCUCCAACGUCUUUUGGGUCAAGGGCUCGGCGGGAGUCUUUACUGACCUCUAUCGUGUCAACGUCGGCGAGGCUGCCCGGCUCAUCGUCCUCGCCAACUCAGAAAACCCGUCGUCGGACAAGCUUAUGCUCGACGCCGAUACCAUUUUCUCGCUCCGCUCCAUCCGCCACAAGUUUGAGCGCUCCAACGUCAAAAUCCAAUACAUUGCCGAGCUCGCUCAUGGUUCCAACUCGCGGUUCCUUGAUCCGGUUGCCGAGGACGUGUUCGGCUCUGAGCCGGGUCUCUCGUCGUCGGCUGUGCAUGUCGACCUCGUCGACAACGACGAUCCGGUGUAUGGCUCCGCUGUCUCUGACUACACCUUUCUCUCGCAGUUUGCGUCAGGCUCGGUCUUUACUUCACCGGUCAUCGACUCGCUCCUCUGCCAGGCCUUUACCAAGCCGUUCAUCAUCAGCAUUGUCCGCCAGAUGCUCGGCCUGGGCAAGGACGCGUGCCAGUGCGUCAUUUCGUCACAGAUCUUUCAGAUUAACCUCCGCCCCGAGUUUAUUCAUCUGACCUAUGCUCAACUCGUCGAGUUCUACUCGACCACUCUUGCUGUUAUUCCACUUGGUCUCUACCGGCUCGAGCCAUCGACGGGCCACCGAUAUGUUUACACCAACCCUGAGGGCUCGGUCCGGCUCGUCUCCUCUGACAAGGUCUUUGUGCUCUCCCGUGGCGAUGUCCAUCAUAGCAUCUUCUCGCCUGAUGACGACGUCAGUGACGAUAGCAGCCGCGACUCAGACGAUCAUAGCGAGUCGGACGACGCCGACCCCAACGCUGUGCGGCGUCGGACCUCUCUCCUGUCCAACAGCGUCUCCAUUCUCUCUGAUCACCACGCGGGCGGCCCGCUGCCUCCCGAGCCCGAGCUCGAAGAGGCCAUGGACUCAUUCAACCGCCUUGGACAGGACUCGACCGAGCUUAUAGGCUCCUCGGCCAUCAAGGCGUUUGUGAGUGGCAAGCACGACAAGUCGUCGUCCGUCGACCCUGGCGGCCCCGCCCUCGAACGCCAGUCUUCGCUCUCCGGAGGCAAUGUGUCUAACCGGCGGUUCUCCCGCUCCAUGAUCGCUGUCCCCUCUCACGAAGCUCUGCUCGAGUCGGCUGCCGAGAGCGAAAGCGCCGUCUCGAUGAGCCGGUCGACAACACUCCCACGCGUAGUCUCGUCUUUCGCUGCGGCGACAGAACCAUCAUAUUCGUCGUCAUCAACAAGUCCCAACACCUCGUCUGCAGAGACAGCGGUGUUGUCCGGGCCAGACUCGGUGCCUGCUCCGCUGCCCGGCGAGUAUACCUACGCCUCGUACUACUCGGAGCGGACCAUGACCUCAACCGAACGUGACAUCGAGCUUCUGAUCUCGUCGUCAUCGCUCUCGAUCGACCGUGGCGAGUAGCCAGACACAACUGCCCGUGACUCGCUGCACCAACUGCCGCAAGCAGUGCUGCAGAAGUAGGACGCUGUGAACGGCAGUCUCUAGCUUGUCAUCGAGCUUGCAGGUGCCAUACGCCGUAGAGUAGUCUGGCUCGCCUGGAAGCUCGUGGUCACGGUUACGAUUGCCGACAGAAAGCUGUGCCCUUAACACGUUCACUAUAUUGUC